UAGAGGUUCAACCACCACCAACUUUUUUCACUUGCCAAUUUUAAUGAAUUCAUCUCAUUUACAACCUUUGUUCUUAUUCUCCUCCCUCUGUCUCUCCACAAUCGCAUUUGAGGCCUAUAAUUUAGUGCAUUACAUUUCCCUCUUAUGCAUUUCGUUUAUGCUCCUCAUAUUCUUGCACAAGAGAGCCACUUUCUCUAAUCAUGGCAUUAUUUUGCUUUAUUCUCUAAACAAGAUGAAAAUGGCGGUGCAAUCUGGUGCGAGAAUGGGAGGGAGAUUGGUGAAUGAGAUCUUGAGUUUCCUAGUGUUUAGUGUGUUGGACGUGGUGGAUAUGAUUCUCUGCUACGUUUACAAAGUGCUGGAUUUCUUAAUCGAGGCCGAAUGGAAGGCGUGCUACUGCUCCUCCCCGGUCAAGGAGAUCACGAUGUCCGAGGCCGGGGAGUCGAAGAUCGUGCGGCUGACGUGCACCAAGCUGCAGCUGGAGGAGAUCUCCGACACGCUCUACACGCGCCCCUCGCUCGUCUCCAAGUCCACCGCGGCCAUCCGGUCUUCUUCGUUGACCGUGAACUCGACUAUCAUCGACAUGCUGCAGGGGAGGAUCGGCGGGCAACGGACUCUUCCGAUUCCGAGGUGGUCCGAUUGUAACUGCAAAACUUGCACAUCGUGGACGGCUUCUUCAUGCAGGGACACUCUCUUCGUCAAAGUUGACGGAGCUCGAGAAAAUGCGGGGGAAGAUGUAAUCUUCAUUCAUGGGUUUAUAUCGUCGUCCGCGUUUUGGAGUGAGACGCUCUACCCAAAUUUUUCCAAGUCGGCGAAAUCAAAGUACAGAUUGUUUGCUGUGGAUCUGUUGGGUUUUGGGAGGAGUCCGAAGCCUACGGAUUCGCUAUACACAUUGAGGGAGCAUUUGGAGAUGAUCCAACGCUCCGUACUUGAGCCAUACAAUGUGAAGUCCUUCCACAUUGUGGCGCAUUCGCUUGGUUGCAUUCUAGCUCUGGCUCUUGCAGUCAGCCACCCUUCUGCUAUUAAGUCCCUAACCUUGCUCGCACCCCCAUAUUUCCCAACGCCGAAAGGGGAGGCGGCGACGCAGCACAUGAUGAGGAGGGUGGCUCCGCGGAGGGUGUGGCCGGUGAUCGCGUUUGGGGCGUCGAUGGCGUGCUGGUACGAGCACAUUAGCCGCACCAUCUGCCUAGUCAUUUGCAAGAACCACCGCAUUUGGGAAUUUCUCACCAAACUCCUCACCAGAAAUAGGAUGAGGACAUACUUGAUGGAGGGUUUCUUCCUGCACACACACAACGCGGCAUGGCAUACGCUACACAACGUUAUCUGUGGCACCGCUGCCAACAUCGAAACCUACUUGGACCAAGUGAAGAGAAUCAAAUGCAACAUAACCAUAUUUCAUGGUAGAAACGACGAACUCAUCCCCCUCGAGUGUAGCUACAAUCUGCAGUCUAGAAUCCCCCGAGCGCAUGUCAAGGUUGUCGAAAAUGAAGAUCACAUCACCAUCGUUGUCGGAAGGCAGAAGGCCUUCGCCAGGGAGCUCGAGGCAAUUUGGAGGAAUGCAAGCUCGAAAUCAAAAAUAUAAAUUGAAAAAUGAGAAAUGUAUCAAUAAAUUGGUCUGAUCUAGAUGAGGGCUACAUUUAAAAAUAUCUAUUGUCUAUUUCUAUGAAAUUCUCAGUUUCAGGUUAUAGUUUAAUUAUCUGUAACAUUGAUCAGUCAUACUUAUGGACAAUUGUUACUAUAUUGGAAAUGUCGUUAAAUAAGAAAACAACGCAUUCCGACUAUC